UCUCCUGGUUAGACAGGAAGGGUUAAUCACUAACACCUUCUGGCCAGUUAGAGCCUGGCUGUACACAUUUCUUCCAGCAGAGGGAGGAGGACACAGUCUCACCUGAUCCAUGAAUCAAUACUGACUGAUGCUUCAAACUGAAAAUAAUCAAUUUCCCCUCAAGGUGUUUACUGAGAUCAAGAAAUAUGAUAAAAGGUGUGUGUUCAAUAGAAGGCAGAGAGAAAUACCUGUGUGUUAAACUUUGAAGAAAAUGGUUUCACAGAGGCAUAUUUCCAAAAUCUGAACCCAACCAGUCAGUGCUCAUGACUUUAACCAACCUAUUUGUGGCAGUGUGGGCGCUCUGUAGUCCCCAGAUUUGUUCAGAUUAACAGGACCCGGCCUCACAAUGCAGCUUUGUUGCUGGAACAGAUUAACACAUCAAGUGACCGGAGGUGUAGGAGUCCCUUGCUCUCCUUUUCUUUCCUGCUUCCCUUUCUCCAACAUCAUUCCAGCGGACGCUGCCACCACAUAUCUCGGGCCACAGUGAGUACGAUAGCCAAGCGUUUUUCUAUUGUGUGGUGAGUAAAAACAACCUCACAGCUGUGUGUUUGAGUGGAUAAAGUAGACCUUUUUGGACCCUCGAAUAUUGUGUCUGUUUUAGCCUUACAAAUAUCUCUUUAGAUGUAGAGGUGUAUUUUAGAUUUAUAAUAUGAGAUAAAAUGUUAUUUUAAAUGACUAUUUAGGCAUGUAGGAAAUGGAAAAUCUAUUCCAGCUGAUUUAGUGAGACCAAACAGAUGCAUUGCAGACUAAGCACUAACCCUGCUGUUUUGUUUUUACAUUGUCAUUAGAUUUCUGACCACACGGACCCUAUGAGAUCCAGGUUGAUCGCUGACUUUGAGCUCAGACGAAGCACAGAGAACACCGCCACACUGGUUUCCUUCAUGUCACGCCACAGUCAGCCAGCAAGUUGGCAAGCAAGCAGCGAUGACAGUAACAUACUCUCGCAGGGUUGCUGAUGCAGGUCUGGGGACCUUCUUUCACCUGCUCCUGCGAUGGAAGGGCAGCAUCUAUAAACUGCUCUACAGAGAGCUCAUCAUCUUCACUUUUCUCUACUACUUCUUCAGCAUUGUUUAUAGGUUUGUGUUAAACGAUGACCAGAAGAGGCUGUUCGAGAAGCUGUCGAUAUACUGUGACCGCUAUGCCGAACUCAUCCCUGUGUCCUUUGUGCUGGGUUUCUACGUCACCUUGGUCGUGUCCCGUUGGUGGGGCCAGUUUGAAAAUGUCCCCUGGCCGGAUCGCUUGGCGGCGUUAGUGGGUGGUCAUGUUCGUGGAGCUGACGAGGCUUCCAGGCUGACCCGACGAACUCUGAUGCGGUAUGCCAACCUCUCUGGUGUGCUCAUCUAUCGUUCCGUCAGCACAGCCGUCUACAAGAGGUUUCCCACCAUGGAGCAUGUGGUGCAGGCAGGUUUGAUGACGUCAGAGGAGCUGAGGCACUUAGAGGACCUGCGCUCUCCUCACAACAAGUUCUGGGUUCCCUGCAUGUGGUUCGUCAGCCUGGCUCUGAGGGCUCGGACUGAAGGUCGCAUCAACAACGACGUAGCACUCACAGCCAUUCUCACCGAGUUGAAUACUUUACGGGCGAAGUGUAUGAAGCUGUACGGUUACGACUGGAUCAGCCUGCCACUUGUCUACACUCAGGUGGCGACAGUGGCGGUCUACAGCUUCUUCCUGGCUUGUCUGAUUGGUCGUCAGUUUUUGGAUCCAGCUCAGGGUUACCCUGGACACGAUGUGGACUUCUACCUGCCUGUUUUCACCAUGCUGCAGUUUUUCUUCUACGUUGGUUGGCUGAAGGUGGCGGAGCAACUCAUAAAUCCCUUUGGUGAAGAUGAUGAUGACUUUGAAACCAACUGGCUCGUCGAUCGCAAUUUACAGGUGUCCUUGUUGUCAGUGGAUGAGAUGUACGACAGCCUGCCGCUGGUUGAGAGGGAUAUGUACUGGAAUGAGUCCGAACCUCAGCCUCCCUACACUGCUGCCAGUGCUGAACACCGCAAACCCUCCUUCAUGGGCUCAGCCCUGGAUAUCAGUGUUCCUAAGGAGGAGAUGGAGUUUCAGUCCAAUCUGGAGCAAAUCAAAGAAAACGAGGAAGCUAACUACUCCACCCCACUGCUCGGAGGGCUGGGCCGUCUCCUCGGUGUCCAGUCCCCUAACUUUCCCCGCUCCUCCCGUGUCCCUCUGCUGCGCCGCCGCCCCGGAGCUCCACUAAGCCGCUUCCCUCUUUACCUGCACCCAGAAGCGCCCUCAACUCCAAGUCAAGGCCGCCAGCAUUUGAACCACGAGCGAGAUCCUGACUAUGCCUUCUCCACCAUGCCCAUGUAUGAGAGACCAGGUUUCUACAGCUGCCCACAAACACCCAUCCACUGCGUCCCCCCUGCGGUCCCCCGUCCUCGACCUGCCCGAAGAGCUCAAAAUGAAUGGGACCGUAGCUGCAGUUCCCUCGCUCACCCAAUGCUGGGCUCACAGCUGCUGCCUCCUGACACCCCCAACCACAUCCCUCCUCCGCCAUCCUCUGCUUUCCCGUGGCUGAGUGAAGGAAGUGACAUGCCAAGUACCCCAACCUUCUCCUUCCCGGACCCUCCACCUGAACUCUGCCCAAUAUCGAAACUCAGACCUGGACACGGCCUUCUGUCCCGCCGCCCUCUACCUCCCCGCCUCACUCUGGAAGCCCACCCUCCAGCUGACAGCCAGCCCGGACCUCCAAGUGCUCGGGCGGCAGGAAGCGGAGGAGAAAGGGUGUUCUCGUUCACUUCCCCAUCUCGCACAGCAGCAACAGCAAAUCCCAGUAAUCCCAACAGCAGCUCUAGCAGCAUUAAUGCAACAAGCACCAACAGCGCUGGCACAACAGGAAGUCUCUGCAAUGGUACAAGUCAUACUAAUUUUAGUAACCAUGGGAACUUCAGCGCCAACAUGAGGGCGAGCAACGGGGGCACCAACGGCGGUCUGAGCAAUAACAUGAACGCAGUUUCCACUUCAGCGGCAUCACAGCAAGAAACCAAUCAGCAAAACUCACCCAAUGAUUCAGGAAUCUCAUUGGCUGAGGGGGACCUGCUGGGGGUUCUGGUGGAUGGUGGGGUUAACAAGGCGGCAGGAGGGAGGGAGCAGGACUGUGAAAACAAGGUGUGACAGUCUUUAUAUCACAUGUGGCAUUCAAAACAUUUCACACAAACAGGAAGUGAUCUAUGUUACAUUACAGUCAUCUGGAGCCCUACACACAGCUGAGAAGUAUUUGUGACAAACACUGAGUUAAUCUCCUUUUUCCUGUUGAACUCUUAUCGAACAAUUAACCUACUUGUGACGGAAAAAGCACCUUAUGAGAUUUAACCGUCAACAUGUGGAGGAAAAAUAAGGAACACUUCCCAGUUUCUUCAGGAACUCAACAAG